UCAUAUCCCCUCCCUGCAAGGAUCAGCUCUGAGUUUGUCCCCCUCACUGAGCACAAGAUCAUUGUCCCAGUUCCUGCCACCAGCCAGCUCAGGAAUUCCAUGUAUUCUCCUAACAUCCACUGCCCACAUCUUCAGCCACUUGGAUUUAGGAUGUAAAGUUUAUCUGACUCUUCCUGGACUAAGGUGGGACCUGCUGCCUCUGUGUGAGACUUUGAGGUGGAUAUUUUGAUGAAACGCACACUCUGUAAAACAGCACUGGACCGGAACAAUGCUACAUAAUGAAGGAUAUCGAAUAUCCCAUUUACUUCUCCUGAUAAUCAUUUUAGCUUGCGGAGGAAGUCAUUCCCAAGCACAACGAGCAGGCUGCAAGAAUGUCCACUACGAUUUGAUUUUCCUUUUGGAUACAUCUUCAAGUGUAGGCAAGGAAGAUUUCGAGAAGGUACGUCAAUGGGUUGCAAAUUUGGUGGACACCUUUGAGAUUGAGCCAGACAAAACGCGGGUGGGAGUCGUUAGAUACAGUGGAAAACCAAGCACAGAGUUUGACCUAGGGAGGUACCAAACUCAAGAUGAAGUGAACAAUGCUGCAAGAAAUAUUAAAUACUAUGGUGGAAAUACAAACACAGGUGAUGCUUUGAGAUACAUCACCACGUACAGUUUCUCUGAAGAAGCCGGUGGUAGACCAAGUGACAGAACCAUUAAAAAAGUAGCUAUUCUUUUAACCGAUGGAAGAAGCCAAGAUCUGGUGUUAGAGCCAGCAACUGCAGCACAUCGAGCUGGAAUUAGGAUUUUUGCAGUUGGUGUUGGGGAAGCUCUGAAAGAAGAACUAGAAGAAAUUGCUUCAGAACCAAAAUCAGCCCAUGUUUUCCAUGUCUCGGACUACAAUGCCAUUGACAAAAUCAGAGGAAUCUUGAGAAGGAGACUGUGUGAAAAUGUUCUUUGUCCAAACGUUAGAAUCGAGGGUGACCGUUUUAAACACAACAAUGGAGAGAGAGAUGAAAUUCCAGGUUUCGAUCUUAUGGAAUUGUUUAACGUGAAGGAAAGCUUUGGAAUGAAGGAGAGUGGAAUACAGAGUUCCUACGUUCGCCUUGGAACCUACCCCAUUGUUCAGCAGACUGAGGAUAUAUUUCCGCAGGGGCUUCCAGAUGAAUAUGCCUUCGUGACUACAUUCAGAUUCCGCAAAGCGUCGAGGAGGGAGGAUUGGUACAUCUGGCAAAUCAUAGACAAGUACGGAAUCCCUCAGGUAUCUCUGAGGAUUGAUGGAGAAAAUAAAGCUCUGGAGUACAGUUCUGUUGGACUCACAAAGGAUGCUGUGAAGACUGUCUUUAGAAGUGCGCAAGUUAGCGAAAUCUUUGAUCGAAACUGGCAUAAGAUUGCCCUCAGUGUGCAGUCGAAGACGGUCUCCCUCUACAUUGACUGCAAACUGGUGAUGACCUUACCAAUCGAAGACAGAGAGAAUAUUGACAUUCAAGGAAAAACAGUGAUCGGCAAACGUCUCUAUGACAGCGUACCUGUUGAUUUUGAUCUGCAGAGGAUCGUUAUAUAUUGUGACUCUCGGCACGCUGAGCUGGAGACCUGCUGCGAUAUUCCUAAUGGGCCGUGCGUUGUUACAAUUGUCACUGAACCGCCACCCCCAGUUCCACCAACACCUACAGGUCUACAACAUCAAGGGACACAGAACACUGUCAAUUGCUCUAAUUGUCCAUUCAGUGAAAAGGGAGAGCAGGGACUUCCUGGUCCAGUUGGCCCAAUUGGUUCAAAGGGUGAAUCUGGCAGCAAAGGGGCUGAUGGAAUUCCUGGUCUAAAGGGAGAAAAGGGGGAACCUGGAACAGGCCUUGCUGCAAAAGGAGAGAAAGGAGACCAGGGUGAAGAAGGAAAACAAGGACUUACUGGCAUCAGAGGUGAAAAGGGUGAAAAGGGAUCGUUGGGUCCACCAGGUGGUUUUGGAAGAGACGGAGCAAAGGGAGAGAGAGGAGAAAGAGGGGAAAAAGGUGAAAUUGGUGUCGCUGGACCUCCUGGCAUCCAGGGAUCUGAUGGACAAAGAGGACCGCAAGGACCACCAGGCCUAACUGGAUUACCUGGAUUACAGGGUGAAAGAGGAGAGAAAGGUUCCAGAGGAGAGAAGGGAGAAAGGGGAAUUGAUGGCUUCCCUGGAAAACCUGGUACAGAAGGAAGAGAUGGUCUUAAGGGUAGCAUUGGCCUACCAGGAAUCCAAGGAUCUAAAGGAGACAGGGGUGACAAGGGAGAAGUUGGAUCCCCGGGAUUGCCUGGAAGUGCUGUACAGAUGGAAGGUCUAAAAGGAGAACAGGGAAUGCCCGGCCCCCGCGGGCCACAGGGGCACAUAGGACCAGCUGGACCUACGGGACAAGAGGGCCCCAAGGGAAGCCCUGGACUUCCAGGCCUCGAAGGACAGCGGGGACCCAAAGGAGAAGAAGGUCUUCCAGGUGUCGAUGGGGUUCCUGGUCCAGAGGGCCCACCUGGACCAGUUGGGGUUGCUGGACCCCCAGGGCUGGAUGGAAUUCAAGGGUUGCCGGGUGAAAUAGGAUUUCCAGGAAAGCCAGGAAAAAUUGGAUUAACUGGUUUACCUGGGAAGCAUGGAGCUGAUGGUACACCUGGACCUAUUGGACCAAAGGGUGAAAAGGGAGAUGGUGGUUUGGAUGGAAUCCCUGGAACAAGUGGCCCACAGGGAGAAACCGGUGAGCGAGGUCUGUCUGGACGUCCUGGAGAUAAGGGUGAUGCAGGACCACCUGGGUUGUCUGGUGCAGAUGGUCUUAAAGGGGAUAAGGGAGACCAGGGAGAAAAGGGAGAUAUUGGACAGUCUGGAUUUAAAGGAGAAAAGGGAAUUAAGGGUGACUUUGGAUUACCCGGCCCACCUGGAACUCCAGGAAAUGUGGAGACUGUGGUUGCAGAGCCUGGAACCCCUGGCUUACCGGGUGAGAAAGGCGAAAAGGGAGAGCAAGGAGAUACGGGAGAAAGAGGACCACAAGGAGUAGCUGGAAUAGAAGGUCCCCAAGGUCCUGUAGGUCCUACGGGAUCAAAAGGAGAUGCAGGACUGAAGGGAGAAUUUGGAUUUAAAGGAGACAGUGGUCCACCGGGUCCACUUGGCCCACCAGGUUUGCGUGGCUUGCCGGGAAAUGUGGGAAUUCCAGGAGAUGCUGGCCCACCAGGGAAAGAUGGACAAAGGGGAGAGAAGGGUGAACCCGGCAGAGAAGGAAAGGUUGGAUUGCCUGGACCUCCGGGAGAAAUGGGUCUAGCCGGACUACCAGGACUACCAGGCAAAGGGAGAGAUGGCCAGCCAGGGGAACGUGGCUUAACGGGUCCCGCAGGGCAUUCAGGGAUGAAGGGUGAAAGAGGAGCACCUGGUCUUCCAGGCCAGCCGGGAAGCAGAGGACCUCCAGGAGUAGGAAUCGAUGGAACUCCAGGAACAAUAGGACCUCCCGGAGAGAAAGGAGAACAGGGUUCCAGAGGACUUAUUGGACCACCUGGUCCCUCUGGCCCUGCCGGACAGGAUGGUUUUCCAGGGAACCCUGGGGAAAGAGGACCUCCCGGUGAACCUGGUCCAGCUUCAGUUCUUUCUCCAGGAGAAGUCAGUUUCUUGGUUAAAGAUGUUUGCCAAGAUUGCCCACCCGGACCACAAGGACUUCCUGGAAUUCCAGGAUUUAAAGGCGAUAAAGGGCUUCGGGGAUCACAAGGAAGAGAUGGAAUUGAUGGGAAAAAGGGGGAGAUGGGUCCUGCAGGUCCUCCUGGGCCAACAGGCUUGGAUGGAAUAAAGGGCAGUAAGGGAGACCGAGGUGCACAUGGAGAGUCUGGACAAAAAGGUGAACAGGGUAGUCCCGGAAUGCCUGGUUUUAUGGGAUCUCCUGGUAGUUCUGGACCUCCUGGUGCAGACGGCCCACCAGGAGUGAUGGGUCCACAAGGUCCCACGGGAGAACCUGGUAAAGAAGGUCCACCAGGACCUCAGGGUCCCCCUGGAUUACCAGGAAUAACGGGCAUAGAAGGGAAAGAUGGCAAGGAUGGAAAACCAGGCACACCAGGAGAGCCGGGAAAACCUGGAGAUCUUGGGCCGCCGGGCAGAGAAGGACCACGAGGAUUGCCGGGCUUCAAAGGACACAGAGGAGAUGCAGGUCUUCCAGGUGCCCGAGGCGAACCGGGUAUAGCAGGUCCCCCAGGACGGGAAGGGAGCACAGGGAAGGAUGGUGACCCAGGAACGCCUGGACAUCAAGGACCGCGAGGGAUACGAGGACCACCUGGCAAAAAUGGACAACCUGGUCCUUCCGGCAACCCUGGCAAUCCUGGUGCAGUUGGCCCCAAAGGUAGCAAAGGUGAUACUGGCAGUGUUGGAGCUCCUGGGUUUCAAGGGCACAAGGGCCUUAUGGGAGAGCCUGGAGUGAGUGGACCACCGGGCAAAGAGGGGCCCACUGGAAAGCCAGGUGAUCUAGGACCUAAAGGAGACCGGGGGGAUCCUGGUAAUAAAGGAGACAAAGGAAUGCAAGGAGAAAAGGGUCAGGCAGGAGAACCUGGUAAACCGGGACAUAAGGGCCAUACUGGAUUAAUGGGGCCUGCUGGACCAACUGGUGAAAGAGGAGGAUUUGGUAAUCCAGGUCCACCAGGACCUCCUGGAUCGACUGGCCCAAGGGGGGACACUCCAUCACUUGAUACAUUACGAAGACUUAUUCAAGAAGAGCUUGGAAAACAGCUUGAAGCUAAACUAGCCUACCUCGUGGCUCAGAUGCAGCCGGCACAUGUGAAAGCAGCACAGGGCAGGCCUGGGCAACCAGGAAUUCCUGGAAAAGAUGGACAUGAUGGUAGACCAGGUUCACCAGGAGAACCAGGAUUACCAGGACAAAUGGGACCUGAAGGACCAUCAGGGCCAAUGGGUCCAAAAGGUGACAGAGGAUCCAAAGGAGAAAGAGGAGAAAAUGGGGUUGGACAGAGAGGUGAAAUGGGACCUCCUGGUCCUUCAGGUCAACCAGGAGAACCUGGAUAUGCUAAAGAUGGACUGCCAGGCACCCCAGGACCUCAAGGUGAACCAGGAUUACCUGGACAUGUUGGACCUCAAGGACCCCCUGGUCCCAACGGACAAUGUGACCCAUCACAAUGUGCCUACUUUGCAAGUCUUGGGUCUAGGCCUGGAAAUGUCAAAGGACCUUAGAUGGCAUUUAAAAACCUAAGCGGAUCCAUUGGACUAAUUUCUGAAACUUGAAUUUAAUGCUGGUUUAAAACCUACAAUCUUGCAGAGUCUACCAAAAGGAAACAUGUUUGUUAGCCUCUUCAACACUAUAGAAGUCCAUAAUUGGGAUAUGAUUCACUUUUCAAUAUUGUCUUGUUUUUAACAGAUGAAACCUACAAUUACUGCCGGUCGGUCAUGUUUUUUUUUUUUUUUUUUCUUCCUAUUAUCAUUUUUGAAACAAAAUUGCACUUUGGAACUUCCUACAUUUUGCUUCCAAGGUCACAAUGGUGCUAAAACAGACAGGUCUUUAGUCAUGUUCCUAUAAGCUGGUCGAGGAUACUCUACAGAUAAUAUCAACACAGGAUUGGCUGAACACAUGUUGUUAAGAUUUACCGCAGUAGGGCUGAUUGCAGUUAGCAGGUAUAUAACAUAAGCAUCAUCAAUAACCAUAUUCCCUCUAAAUAUUCUAAAUAUUACUAAAUAACCGAUGACUGAUCCCCUGCUCUGUAAUUAAAUCACAGAUAAACUACCUUUCUAAUUAUAAUAACCAGGCCUAGAUAUUUUGCCUAGAUCUCCUCAGUUCAACUUCAAGACAAUUAUUUUUUGUUUAUUUUGUUUUGUUUUUUUUCCUUUAACUGUUACUAUAGAUAAGGUAUGCAUAUAAGUCGGGGUAUUUUACUGAAUCAGUGUGGGUUAUCUGUUACCAUGCCUACGUGUCAGCCACACAGCCACUGAAAAAUGUCUAUUUUAUGCCAUGUGGGAAAUAUAACUCAGACUUUAAAUGAGAACCAAUACUCAAUUUAUCACUGUUCCUAUCGGUGUGGGGUUCACGGAGCAACACAUAAAGUUCUACUGAAGUUGUAUUUAUUUUUAAUUUAUUAUUUUUUUUCUAAAUACCAAUUUUCUCCUUCUGUAAACCCUGAAAGCAUGGAGAAUAUUUUUUUUCAUCAGCAAACUGUAAUUUUCUGUAUAAAAAAACCUAAUCUGGGCAGAAAUUCACUCACUCAAAUUUAGUAGGAAUUUUUCUAAAAAAAAUUAACAAAUAAUUUAAACAAAAUCCCCAUGCGAUCAUAAUAGGAACUCCUGCCUUCCCUGCUAGGAGUCUGCCUGCAUGUAAUAAUUUAUUUUUAUGGUAAAAUGUGAUUUACAGAGAUAUAGAAGAAGUGCUCUUUUACAUGGCAAAUAUCUUGCGGGGAUAAUACAUUUAGUUGUGCUUUUUUCCCAAAUAUGAUUUUUUUAAAGCAUACAGGACCAAUAACAUGUCUAAACUACCUUGAUGACAAAGGAUUUGCCUGGUCCUGGAGAAGGUAUAUUAAUGACACUAUGGUGAAGUGAUGGUUGAAGUAGGCUGCAGGGAACUUAUAACUAGUCCCAACACAUGUAUGGAAGUAUUAAUUUUAAUUAAUAUAAUGCAAAAUGCUUUAAUUAACAUUAACAUUGUGCCUUCAUUUUAUGUUCAGAAGAAAUAUUGCCGUGAUUUUUAAUCUGUUUCAUGUUUUGUGAACAUAGCAAAAAAAAGUACAAAUAUUAACUUUAGCUUUUUGUCAACUUACAGAGGUUUUAUGUACAUACCAAAGGAAUUCAGAUACAAAUGUGUUCUUUUCAACAGUUAAUCAUGUGAAUAUCGACUAGUGAAAAAUGAAUGAGAAUUUUUCUCUAAAAAAGCAAAAAACAAACCAAAAAAAGCCAACAAUCCACAAAAUUUAACUGGGUCAGAGUUUUGUCCCGUCCCUAAUCGAUUAUGUAACAAUAUGUUGUGUGUAUAUAUAUAUAUAUAUUUCUUUUAUGUGUUUGCCCUUGGAUUGUGGUUGAUAUUUAUUUAACAGCCACAGUGUGGUUGUUGUGACAGCAGCUACGUAUAAACUAUCAUGGAAAAUUUACUUUAUUACAUAAUUAUUUUUUUGUAAUUCAAUGUCCACUAACUCACAUAGUAGAGAAGAGCCAGACCCCCGACUCCUCUCAUGUCACAAAAGAAGAGGAUGCAGUAAACGGACUGUACCUUCCUGCAGAAGAUACCAUUUGUUACUUAUCCCUGUUGUUAGUGUAAAACGCUAGUGUAGAGUAAAGGGUCAUUCUUUGUUUGCUUGUUUGUUUGUUUUUCCAUUUUUUCUGUACUUGUAUACUUUGAAUAUUUUAAGUAAAUGUAUUUUAUAUGUGGAAUGCUCUCAACUCCCUGAACUCACUGCCGUUAGUCUCCUGUGUGGUUCUUAGCUUUUGACUCCUCACAUUUUAUUUAAUUACAUCUGCCAUUGUAAAACUGGCCCAGUGCCUUUUUCCGCCAUCCUUUACAAUGGAUACUGCUGCAGUUCUGUGAAUAAAGAAUGGAAGACAAGAUUA